ACCUCUCCAUCCACUGAAAAAGACCAAGGAAAAGCUACGAAGAUGAUGGCGAUGAAGAUGAAGACUAAGGAGAUGCUGCUGGCGGUGCUGAUCCUGACCGCGGUCUUCUCGCGGAUGGACGUCGUCGUCGAGGCCGGCCCCGAGGAUUGCGACGACGCUUGCUCCACCGCGUGCGUCCAGUACGAGCCCAACUCGAGGCUGGUGUCGCGGUGCAACCGCAAGUGCGCGAUCAGGUGCGGACCAGACGUUGCGGCGGAGGGAAAUGUGGGCUGAAAUCACCCCGUUCGAUUGCCGACGAAUAACUGAUCAGCAACCUACACUGAUCAGAGAUGUAAUUCUCAUCAUCCGAUUGAUUUGAAAUGAAUUGUAUGCUAGCAAUCAAUGAAUUAUGUACUCUGACUCUAUGUAAACGGGACAUUGCGGAGAGUAUGAUUUUGAGAGUUUUUCUUUUUCGUAA